GUCUCGGGACUGAGGGAGGACCUGAGGAAACUUGAGGACAUGCGGCGUCUUGUAGAAACUUUCCCGAAAUCGACGUGAGCAGCGCACGGGAGAUGAAGUGAAGGAGGAAGAGGAGGCCCCGCUCUUCCGCUGCUCCCCGAUCCAGCUGCAUGGCAAUGGCUGACUAGAGUGACCUCGCCUGGAGUCGUUGAAAGGAUGCAGGUGGUCCACGUCACCCUGACUCUGGCCCUCUUCUCUCUGGGGUCCACCCUGGACCAGAACCAGGGGAACCAUGCGACACACUCCACGCAGAAGAACCAGCCGCACAUCAUCUUCAUCCUCAUCGAUGACCAGGGCUUCAACGAUAUCGGCUACCACAACCCCACCAUCAAGUCUCCCACCCUGGACAAGCUGGCAGCGGAGGGCGUGAAGCUGGAGAACUACUACGUCCAGCCCAUCUGCACGCCGUCGCGCAGCCAGCUGCUCACCGGCAGGUACCAGAUCCACACGGGGCUGCAGCACUCCAUCAUCCGACCCAGUCAGCCCAGCUGCCUGCCCGCGCACAUGGACACGCUGCCCGAGAGGCUCCGCCAGGCCGGCUACGCCACCCACAUGGUCGGGAAGUGGCACCUGGGCUUCUACAGGAAGGCCUGUCUGCCCACCAGGAAGGGCUUCGACUCCUUUUUCGGCUCCCUGACAGGAAGUGUGGAUUACUACAGCUACGUGUCAUGUGACGGACCUGGCAAGUGCGGGUACGACCUCCACGAGGACGAGGGCGUGGCCUGGGGCCACCAGGGGAAGUACUCCACCGCCUUGUUCACGCAGAGAGCGCGCAAGAUCCUGGAGAGCCACGACCCCAGCCGCCGUCCCCUCUUCCUGCUGCUCUCCCUCCAGGCCGUCCACACUCCCCUGCACCCCCCGAAGUCCUACAUCUACCCGUACAGGGACAUGGAUAACGUGGCCCGCAGGAAGUUCGCCGCCAUGGUGUCGACGGUGGACGAAGCGGUUCGGAACUUGACCUACGCGCUCAGGAAGUACGGCUACUACCGCAACAGCGUCAUCAUCUACUCCACUGACAACGGCGCGCAGCCGUUCACCGGCGGCAGCAACUGGCCACUGCGGGGUCGAAAGGGUACGUACUGGGAGGGUGGCAUCCGCGGCGUGGGCUUCGUCCACAGUCCCCUGCUGAAGCGCCGGCGCCGGGUCUCCAACGCCCUCCUCCACAUCACCGACUGGUUCCCCACGCUGGUGGCUCUGGCCGGGGGCAACGUCAGCAAGAGUUCAGGUCUGGACGGCUUCGACGUGUGGUCCACCAUCAGCGAAGGGAAGGAGUCGCCCCGUCACGAGAUCCUUCACAACAUCGACCCCCUCCACAAUCCCUCGGCUCUGAGGAGCAAGUGGGAAGCCAGCGCAGACGGGCCACCAAAACCAGCAGUGAGGAGGACCCAGAGUCAAGUCAAGAAGCCGAAAAAGAGGAAGAAGAAGUUCCUGAAGCAGAAAACAGGGUUCAGAACCAAGAAGUCCAAAGCAUUUCUACAUCACGAGUCCAAGCCCAAACUGAAGCCAAACAUGAGGAGGACCAAGUUCCACAACCAGACGCUGAUCCGCCCCGCCCAGCUGAGGCGCCACCUCAGGGUGAGGUCUACACAGAUGUUACCCCAGCACCAGAACUCGUCCCAGUCGGAGAACCAUCUGCUUCCCACUUCGGAGUCGUACCAGGCGCUCUGGGACACCACGGUCCAGGCCGCCAUUCGGGUGGGAGACUGGAAACUGCUGACCGGAGAUCCAGGCCACGGAGAGUGGGUCCCCCUGCAGGUGCUUCCCACGCUGCUGGGUCGCUGGUGGAAUCUGGAACGGGCCGUUUCCACGCUCCAGAAGUCCACCGCCAGCAAGAGCGUCUGGCUGUUCAACAUCACCGCCGACCCGUUCGAGCGGCAGGACCUGGCCGACCAGAGGCCCGACGUCGUGCGCCGCCUGCUGGCCAGACUCGCUCACUACAACCAGACGGCGGUGCCGGUCUUCUUCCCGCCUGACGACCCGCGGGCCGAUCCCGGCCACCACGGCGGCGCCUGGGUCCCGUGGGCCGAUGCAGACGCCGUGGAGGAGAAAGCCAAGUAUCACAGUGUCGACAAGAAAGAAAAGCAUGUGAAGAAGAAGAAGAAGAAAAGCAAGAAGUGUCGGCUGUGUAAGCUGAAGACCUUCUUCCUGAACCUCAACACGCGGAUUAUGUCCAACCGGAUCUGAAGCUGUGAAUGUUUCAACUGUGAGACACUGUUUUCAGGCUGUGGCGACGAGUGGAAACUUUAGUAAUGACGUGUUUAGUAACAUUUCCUGAGCAAACACUUUUCAUACUCGAGGUCAUGACACCUUCACGGGAGAAGGGAAGGCGGACGACAGCCGGGGGCAACUCCAACUCCCGGUGCUGACUGGAAGUUCAAGUCUUCUAGAAUGUGAAUGUGUCGCGACGUAUCUCACAAGCAAAAUGGGAGAAUGCUGUGUUGGCGAGAUCUUCGUUCACGUUUGAAAUAAA